GCCUGGUCCUCAAGGCCCUCCUGGUCCAAAAGGCGAGAAGGGAGAUCAAGGUGAUCAGGGCCCUCGGAUGGUGUUUCCUAAAAUCAAUCAUGGGUUUCUCUCUGCUGAUCAGCAGCUCAUUAAACGCCGCCUCAUUAAGGGGGACCAAGGACAAGCUGGACCCCCUGGGCCCCCAGGGCCACCAGGACCCAGAGGUCCCCCAGGAGAUACUGGCAAGGAUGGUCCUCGUGGGAUGCCUGGCUUAACGGGUGAGCCAGGAAAACCAGGAGAACAAGGAUUAACAGGACCUCAGGGGCCUCCAGGACAAAAGGGUUCUGUUGGAGUGCCUGGUGUUCCAGGGAGAGAUGGACAAGUGGGUGAACCUGGUUUGCCUGGCAUAGCAGGAGAGAAGGGAGAAGCGGGGCUCAAGGGUGACCCUGGAGAAAGAGGAGAAAAGGGGGAUGCUGGUGAGAAUGGAAUGAAGGGUGACACAGGAGAAAAGGGUGACCCUGGCUCCUCUGCGGCUGGAAUUAAGGGUGAACCUGGUGAAUCCGGACGGCCUGGGCAAAAGGGUGAACCAGGCCUUCCUGGGCUUCCUGGACUCCCUGGAAUAAAGGGUGAACCAGGUUUCAUUGGUCCACAAGGAGAACCUGGGUUGCCAGGGCUACCAGGAACAAAGGGUGACCGAGGAGAGGCAGGCCCUGUUGGGAAGGGUGAGCGAGGUGAACCUGGAAUCCCUGGACCAAAGGGGAAAACAGGUGAACCUGGAUCUAGAGGCCCCAAAGGGUCAAAGGGGGAUACCGGUGAGAGAGGUGACACAGGAUCUGCAGGUCCACAGGGGCCACCUGGACAGAAGGGCGAUCAAGGUGCAACAGAGAUAAUUGAUUAUAAUGGCAAUAUCCAUGAAGCUCUGCAGAGGAUUGCCACCCUGACUGUCACGGGACCACCAGGACCGCCAGGACCCCAAGGGCUGCAAGGGUCAAAGGGUGAACCAGGAUCCCCAGGAAUUCCAGGAGCUGAUGGAGAACAGGGUCCUAAGGGCUCAAAAGGAGACACAGGUGAUCCUGGAAUGCCUGGAGAAAAAGGGGGAAUUGGACUGCCUGGCUUACCAGGAGCCAAUGGCAUGAAAGGCGAAAAAGGAGACAUUGGUUUGCCUGGUGCCCAAGGUCCUUCAAUGGUAGGACCACCUGGACCACCAGGGCCACAUGGUCCUCCAGGCCCUAUGGGACCUCAUGGACUGCCUGGCCCAAAGGGUAUAGAUGGCCCGGUUGGUCCCCAUGGCCCUGCAGGUCCCAAAGGAGAGAGAGGUGAGAAGGGAGCUGUAGGUGACCCUGGACCCAGAGGACCGUACGGCUUGCCUGGCAAAGACGGCGAGCCUGGCCUUGAUGGUUUCCCUGGUCCUCGAGGAGAAAAGGGUGAUAUAGGAGAAAAGGGAGAAAAGGUGACCACAGUGUUAUUAACUGUUGCUUGAUUCCUCAGCUAAUCAGUUCUGCUGUCUUUAUGCUAUGAAUUGUCCUGUUAAAACUUUUGUUUUUACUGUGUGCCAAAAGGCAAGUCACAGAUAUGUGCUAGAGCAAACCCAUGAAAAAACACAAAAAUGUAUGUACAGGACCAGUAAUACCAACAUGACCCCAAAGCACAACCUUCUUUUUAGGCUCAUUUUCUCCAAUCCAUCCUGCACUUGUUGAAAGUUCUGAAAUAUUUAAUGCAGA